UGGUAGGAGUUAGAGUAGUGUUGGAGAGAGAAAGAGAGAGAUGGUUGGCGGAGGCCAGCGAGACUUACCUGUGGCGCCAUAGCUCCAGCUUCAUCUUCGAGGUACCUGCAACAAGGCGCCACCUUCACAGGAGGACAUGCACAACCUCGACGCCGCAGCUUAGAUGCACAAACGGGCUUUUGAUCAAGUCAACAGCUGCCUCCAGCAGCUGCAGCAACGACCUGUCACCGCCCCCAAUGCCAGCUCCUCCAACACCUUUGAUCGCCUCAAUGCAUUGGAGAUCGACUUCGGAGCUCUCAAGGACGACGUGCAGCUACAGCAAACCGCCACGCAACAACUGGAGCAGCGGAUCUGUGCUGCCGCCGCCAACCUGAGUUCGGCACCGCGCGAGACGACUCCAAAGUUCGAUGAUCAGGAGAUCUUCAGCAAUUCGACGAAGACGGACCCGAUUCCGUGGUUCCACAAGUUCGAGCUCAAGUUGCAGCUACACCACGUCAGCGAGGACAAACAUCACGCAUACUUGUACUCCCGAUCGGGGGGCGCGUGCCAAGCAUGGUUGGACAAUCUCUUGUCCAAGUACGGGGUGGUAGCUGCCGACUUGUACACCAAGAUCAGUUGGGAUGAUGUAAAGGCGGCGUGGCAUAAGCUGUUCCAAGUAGCGCCGUCCGAGAUCAAGGCAAUGGACAAAUUGAUAACCUUCGAACAAGGCACGUUGCCGAGUGUUGAUUGGAUUGCCGAGUACCAACGCUUGACAUCCGUCCUAGAUAUUCGAAUGGGCUUCAAGACCGUCAAACACUACUUCAUCACGAGGUCGUGUCCGGCAUUGGGCAACGCCUUGACUCACGCCGAGGAUAUCCUUACGACAACGGCAGAGCUCUUUGACAAGGCCGCGCAGAUUAUUGUCACGAACAAGGAGGCGAAGAACCUCAACAGUUCGUCUGCGUCAGGCCCGAGCAGAGAUCAGCAUCGACCGAAAGUGGCCGUGGUUGCGGCGGCAACGCCAACCGACCAAUCUAGCGAGGUCCUGUCUGCCAAUGAAGGGGACAGACUCGCAGCCGCCCUGGAUGGUGGCCGCCCCGGCAGAGGCCGAGGACACGGCAAGCAAAGGCAAAUCGGGAAACUGAGCACCGCCGGGAGUGACUCGACAACACUCUCGACCCCUUCGGAACUGGUCGCUUCGCGGGUGACCGCCCUUCGUUCCGAGGCACAUGCGGAAGUCGAUAGUCCUCCUCUCCUAUAUUCUUAUGAGGACUAUGCUGCCUGGGUCGUUCCUACGCUGGGUACUUAUGCUCAAGGACAAGACGUGUGUGCGGCAUCUUCUCCGUCCGCACGGGAUUCGGCGCGCGAGUUCAACAUAAAGGUCUUGGACCCGCUCACGUCGGAGGAUUUCACAUGGCUUCCUCUCCCGACCACGAGCCGCUUGCCGGGACCGCAAUGCGCAGCAUUAUGCGCUCAUCUUCACACGUAUCUAUCCUUCUAUGCACCACCAACUUCGUCGACGGAUGACGAAGCUGUGGUGGGGGACAUCCUUGCGUAUGUUACCAAGGUGGCCCGCGAGUUUCGCAAGCAGCAGUACGAUGACGCACCGCUCCUCUAUGUCCGCAUCCAAGUUGGGCAAGUGUCCUACAACGCUUUGCUGGAUAGUGGAGCGUCUCGCAAUUUCAUGAGCCAGCCUUUAUGCAAAGGGCUGGCCAUUUCGAUCCGGCCGAACGAUUGCUAUAAAUCUGCGGUCAAGACACGGUAUGGGCAUUUUGAGUGGGUGGUCAUGCCUUUUGGCCUCACCAACGCCCCGACGACCUUUCAAGCGGCAAUGACCAACGAGUUCCAUACGAUGGUGGACCGGUUCGUGAUGGUCUACUUAGACGACAUUCUCGUCUAUAGCCGGACAUUGGAGGAUCAUCUAGAGCACCUUCGACGAGUGUUGGAGACGCUCUGCUUGCUAAGUACGAAGCCAACCGCGACAAGUGCGAAUUUGUCCGGCAAGAGCUGGAAUACUUGGGCCAUUUUAUCACACCGGAGUGCAUCAGUCCGUUGUCGGACAAGAUUCAAGCCAUCCAAGAGUGGCCGGAGCCGCGGAACGUCACAGAUUUCCGUUCGUUCCUUGGCCUUGCCGGCUACUACCAACGUUUAUCAAGGGAUACUCGAAGAUCGCAGCGGCGCGGCCCACUUGACCAAGCUUCAAUGCGAGGAUCAGCCGUUCGACUUCAGGGGGGAUGCGCGGGAAUCAUUUUUGGCUCUGAAAGCCGCGCUAUUAUCGGCAGAGGUCUUGCGCAUAUACGACCCGCUAUGGCCAACGUGCGUCACUACGGAUGCGUCCGGCUAUGGCAUUGGUGCCGUCCUCGAACAACACGAUGGCGUGGAUUGGCACCCGGUCGAGUACUGCAGCAAGAAAGUGCCCGUCGUGCACUCCAUUGAUGAUGCACGCAAGAAGGAGCUCCUAGCCUUCAUCCACGCGCUCAAGCGGUGGCGGCACUUCCUCCUUGGUCGAAGUCAAUUCCGAUGGGUAACGGACAACAAUCCGUUGGUCUUCAACAAGACCCAAGACACCAUCAAUAGCACCAUCGCCCGUUGGAUGACCUUCAUCGACCAAUUCGACUUCUUUCCCGAUCACAUUCUGGGGAAGUCUAACCGUUUUGCGGAUGCUCUUUCACGGCGUCCGGAUCAUUGUACCCCAGUCUAUUGGACCUUUGAGAUUGACGACGAUCUGCGGGACAGUUUCAUCCGCGGCUACCAAGCCGACCCCGAGUUUCACGACAAAUUCAAUUUUGAGCUGUCUUUUCCUAGGGAUAAUGAGCAGGGUAUCAUGUAUGAGCCGUGGCACUGGAGGUUUGUGGGAAAUUCCCACAGUUUGAAAAGUUUCUACUCUCAGAGAAAGACAAUCACGCCACGUGGAAAACUAGCACCAGAGCCAAGGUACUAUUCUUUCUAGCCUCAUGAUACUUCUCAGACCACAAACCGGUACAGCUGAAACUCUUUUUCCGGAUGCGGAUUUCAGCAGCACACCAAUUUCAGCGGAGUGCUAUUUGCCUGGCGCAGCCAGCGUUUUCCUCCCUGCAGGACCCACCGGUGAGUCGGAUUUUGCUGCAUGUUGACCACCACGUUGGACGAAAAUGGCUGGGAAACGUACCGGUGGUUUUAAGUUCUCAGAAAUAAAUUUGAAUAGAGUAAAUGACAGCUUUAAGU